AGUUGAACCCUCAGUUGCUUGAGAUGGGUUAUCAAGAGCGGGGGUUUUUGGAAAACCCAUGUUUAUACAAUGUUCUAGGGUAUUUUCUGAUCUUCUUGUGUUAAUCACAGGCAAGGUAAAGAAACGCAGCUAUAUAAACGGAGCUGAGAUGAAACGAUCUCAGUCAGUUUUUAAUCUGAAUUGCUGCAGCGAUGAGGUGGCUUUCUUUAUUGGUCCCGCUCCUGGCGCUUCUCUCCCUCCUCGAAGUUGGACAUGCUCAUUCGAUUCCGAGAAUAACAAUUAAGAACGGCGACAUCACUGUCCAUGGAAAUUGUUAUGGUUGCACUGCUAAGGCCACGAAAAACACGGCUCAAUUACAAAUUAAAUUUACUCGAAGAUGGUAACUUUGUGUUAAAAAACCCUUCAACUUGCCAUAUUUAUUUAUACUAUUUAUAACUAAAUAACUAAUAAAAAGCUAUCUGAGAUGAAAA